AUGCAGUGGUCAGAGCUCCUCGGUGCCAAGCUCCAGACGAAAGAUGGUCUACAGGACACGAACGCGAAGCUCGCCGACAAAAAGGUCGUGGGCAUCUACUUCAGCGCGCACUGGUGCCCGCCCUGUCGUCAGUUCACGCCAUUUCUGAGCUCCUUGUACGAGGACAUGGUCGAGCAGCACCCGGAGUUUGAGCUCAUCUUUGUCUCGUCGGACAAGGACGCGGCGCAGUACAAGGAGUACUACAGUGAGAUGACGUUCCUCGCCCUUCCCUUCGAAGAGCGCACCAUUCACCAGACGCUAAGCUCCAAGUUUGGCGUCUCGGGCAUCCCCAUGCUCGUGUUUGUGGACGCCGAGGGCAAAGUGAUCUCUCUGGACGGCCGCAGCCUGGCUGCUGACUCGCGUGGAGAUGUGGACAAGCUGUGGGAGCAGCUCACGCAGUGA